GUGCGUCCCCCCGGUCCCCGGUCCCGUGUUGAAGGAGAUGGCGGCGGCGAUGGACGUGGACUCCCCGAGCGGGACGAGCAGCGGCAAGAAACGCUUCGAAGUGAAGAAAUGGAAUGCAGUUGCCCUGUGGGCAUGGGACAUUGUGGUUGAUAACUGUGCGAUCUGCAGAAACCACAUCAUGGACCUGUGCAUCGAAUGUCAAGCUAAUCAAGCUUCAGCCACCUCUGAGGAAUGCACUGUUGCUUGGGGCGUCUGCAAUCAUGCUUUUCACUUCCACUGCAUCUCUCGCUGGUUGAAGACCCGGCAGGUCUGCCCCCUGGACAACCGCGAGUGGGAGUUUCAGAAGUAUGGGCACUAGGGUUUAUCUGCACCAGCCUCUGUGUUGGAGUUCGCAUGAAAGCAGAGAGAAGACAUUUUCUUCAAUUUUUUUAGAAUGAUGUCAGUUGCAUCAGCGUUUUGUGUUUAAAUAAAGAUUUCAUGUUACGUUGAA